GUAAGGUUUCGCGCAGUGCAUCGCCAAGCAAGAGCCACAUGUUUUUGACGUUUCUCAAUUUUAAAAAUUUGUGAAUUGUGUUUGACAACUGUAAUUAGUGAUGUGACAACAUUGGAUAACGAUACCCAUGGGACAUGGAACUGUUUAACGUUAUUUAAAAGUCAUUUUGGUUGUCUUAUUCCUACACAUUUUAUUUGAAGCUGGACUUCGGUUUUGAAUUAUUUUCUUCAAAUAAUUUUGCUGCAUGUUCUUCAUUAUCACUUAAAGACCAGUGUGCAUUUUUUUCACUGCACUGUGAUAAUAUAUCGAUUAAAGAUUGAAUGACUCUUUAUACAUUCUACACCAAGCAUGUGCAAAAUAUAUAAACAAGUUCAGACGCGAUAUUUUUUCAAAUGACUUAAUUUAUCGUCUGGAACCACUGAGGACAUGAACUCUGGCAAGCAUGCCCUCUUUUUAUGUGUGCACGAUUGUUUUAGCUCUUAUUUUGGAGUUAUGUCUCCAAAUUUCUAGCGGGUUUGGUACUUUUGAACUACAGAUUCUUAGUAUCCAGAAUUACCGUGGAGAACUUGCUGACGGUUCGUGUUGUGGUGAUUACCGCGCAAAAGACGGUUCUUGUCCUUUACAAUGUAAUACUGCAUUCCAACUUUGUCUAAAAGAAUAUCAGUCCGAUGUAAAAACUACUGGAGCGUGCACGUUUGGUAAUCAGUCCACUGAAGUAGUUGCUGGUAAUUCAUUUUCUGUUCAAUCUGAGCCUACCAAAGAAGUUAUUCUCCGACUUCCCUUCUCCUUUCGUUGGACGAGAUCAUUCACCUUCAUACUGGAUGCCUUAGAUGUUGUCAAUAAAGAUGUUGUACCAUAUACUGCAAAGAUAAUUGAACGUAAAGUGUAUUCUGGCAUCAUUUUACCUAGCACAGAAUGGCAUAAUCUUCUUUAUACGGGUACAGCAGCGAAAAUUAACUAUCGCAUCCGAGUUAUUUGUGGCCCUUAUUACUAUAAUAGCACUUGUACAGUUUUCUGCAAACCUCGAAACGACAAAUUUGGACAUUACAUGUGCAGUGACAAAGGAGAGAAAAUCUGUUUACCUGGAUGGAAAGGAAACACAUGCGAGGAAGCUGUUUGCAAAGAAGGAUGUCAUAAAGAGCAUGGAUAUUGUGAAAAACCUGGAGAAUGCAUAUGUCGGCAUGGAUGGAAGUCAGAAUUAUGUGAUCAAUGUGUGCCGUAUCCAGGUUGCAAGCAUGGAUAUUGUAAUGGCAGCCCAUGGCAGUGCAUCUGCGACGUUAACUGGGGUGGCAUUAUGUGUGAUCAAGAUUUGAAUUAUUGUGGAAAUCACCAUCCAUGCCAGAAUUCUGGUACUUGUGAAAAUGUUGCCCCAGACGCCUACCGUUGUGUUUGUUCUCAAGGAUUUUCUGGCAAAAACUGUGAAAUUGUUGACAAUCCUUGUAUGAUCAAUCCAUGUUUAAAUGGCGGUACGUGUUCCGAACUUAAUUCAACUUCUAGUUGUGAAUGUACUCCUGGCUGGACGGGAUCUCACUGUGAAAUAAAUAUAAAUGAAUGUGAACCGUCUCCAUGUAGCAAUGAUGGAACAUGUGUCGAUUUAGUGAAUGGCUAUCAUUGUAUAUGCACACCAGGAUGGGAAGGACUAACUUGUGAAAAAGAUGCUGAUGAAUGUGAAUGGAAGCCCUGCAUCAAUGCUAUUGGAUGUCGUAAUCAUGACGGUGAUUAUGAAUGCCACUGUCAAGAUGGAUGGGGAGGGAAAAAUUGCACAUUAAAUAUUAAUGACUGUGUUGGGCAUUGUCAAAAUGGAGCAACCUGUAUUGACUUGGUAAAUGAUUACCAUUGUGCAUGCCUUCCUGGAUUCACAGGCAGAGACUGCCAAACAAACAUAAAUGAAUGUGCCAGUAAUCCUUGCGUAAAUGGCGGAGAAUGUGUCGACUUAAUUUAUGGAUAUCGAUGCAUUUGUCCUGUUGGUUUCAAAGGGGCCGAAUGUCAGAUUGAUGUUGAUUUAUGUAAUCCAAAUCCAUGCAAGAAUGAAGCUUCUUGUUUCAAUAUGAACAGAGACUACUACUGUCAUUGCCCUGAAGGUUUCUUUGGAAAAAACUGUUCUCAUAAACUGAGUGAUUGUGCUCUUCCAUACUGUGAAGAUAUGGACAGUUGCAUUGCAUACGUCGAAUCAAAUUCCUCUCAUACUCAAAUUGUGAGAACUAACGUUUGUGGAGAACACGGAAAAUGUACAAGUGAACCAUUUUCUGAUUUCACUUGUGUUUGUGAUCUGGGCUACACAGGACGUUAUUGUCAUGAAAAUAUUAAUGACUGUGCUUCAUAUCCGUGCCGAAAUGGAGGAACUUGCAUCGAUGGAAUGAAUUCUUAUCAUUGUUUAUGUCGUGAUGGAUGGGAAGGCCCUCAAUGUAAUAUUGAAAAAAACGAAUGUGAUUCUAAUCCUUGCUUGAAUAAUGGAACUUGCAUCGAUGCUGAAGCCGGAUUUUGGUGCACUUGUAAACAGGGUUGGAAAGGGAAAACAUGUAACUUGCGGCAUAGUCAUUGCGAUGUUAAUACAUGUCAAAAUGGUGGUACUUGCCGAGACAUGGGUGAUUCAUUUUAUUGUACUUGUAAUGAAGAAUGGGUUGGUCAUUCUUGUCAUAUACCAAUCAGUCCAAGUUGUCAAUCCAACCCUUGUCAAAAUGGAGGUACAUGUAUUAAUAAAGAAAAUACAUUUUUAUGUAUGUGUCGAGAAGGUUUUGAAGGUCAACAAUGUCAGCACAAUAUAGAUGAUUGUCAGCCUAAUCCUUGUUUUAACGGCGGUCAUUGCAUAGAUGGAAUUAAUUGGUUUAUGUGCGAAUGUACUCCUGGAUUUACAGGACCAGACUGUCGUAUUAAUAUUAAUGAGUGCUCAUCUUCUCCUUGUGCCGAAGGUUCCACGUGCAUAGAUGACAUCAAUGAUUUCAAAUGCAUUUGCCCUCCACUAAAAACAGGAAAAAUCUGUGAUACAGAUAUUAAGAAGACUUGCGAGUUCCAAGGGAUCAUACGUAUGGACGGGAGUCAAUGGGAAUUCGAAUGUAAUACUUGUUUAUGCCAGGAUGGGAAGGUCAUUUGUUCUAGAGUAUCUUGUGAAAAACAAUUAUGCGACCAUCGCGGGAACUUCGGAGACUAUAAUAAACAAUGUUUUGAUGGACAACUAUGUGUACCCUUUUUUACCACACCUUGUUUCACUAAACCUUGUCCUGUUACUGGCAGAUGUUUCUCUGAGGUAAAUGCGAAUUUAUACAUAGAUGAUCAUCUCCCCCUGCACUGCAAGCCAAAUAAAGCCAUUCUCUCAGAUAACUGUGCAAAAUUAUCAGUCAGAUUUUCUGAGACUGUUGUACCAUUGUUUAUCAAUAAUGACAGAAUAUGCCUUGAAAUUCAAAAAUUCAUAUGGUCAAUGGAUUUUGUUGAUAUACCAGUGUUUUCUCAAUGUGCAAUACAAGAAAAUAUGUUGCAACUGAUGGAAGUCACCAUUUCAACAGAUAUUGAGGCUACUAAGGAUACACAGGCUACGUUGAUGAAAGUUGUUCAAAAUUUAGCAGAUUACUUUAGAAAAAAGAAAUUCAACAGUAAUUUUCUAGAAUCUGUACUGGAAGUUAUGACAGAAACAUAUUCUGUUGGAUCUGAAAGAAUCGCGGAGAAUCAGCAGAAAUAUUUGGUCCCUUUCGUAACAUCAUUAUCUAUUGCCAUGCUUGUUGCAGCUGGUGCUUUGGUAAUUAUUUUCAAAGAAAGAUGUUAUCAGAUGAAAAUUUCUUGCUCAUUUUCGAGAUCUGAAGAAACCAGCGAACAAGAGCAUCCAUCAUCAGUUAACAAUCAAAAUGCCGAUAAUUGGAGAAGGUAUUUAAAUAAGCUUCAUUCUCCUCCAGAAUCUGCAACAGUUAAUGAAAGCAUACCUAAAGCAGAUUCUUCAUUUUACCAAGCUCCAGAUAAUAAAUAUAAAACUCUUACUUCUGACACAAAUAAAAAUCGAAAUAUUCCAUUACCUUUUAAAAACAAUUUGCAUAAAAGUGAUUUGACUUCGAUUCAAAGUAAAGAAUGUUAUCCAGAAAACGAAUUAAUCGUUUAAUUUGAACUGCAAUAUUAAAUUAUCUUCAAGAAUUUUAACACACAUUCUACAAUUUUAGGCGUUUCUUCUGUAAUUG